AUGGCGGAGGCGCAACAAUUCCGGCCACGGGAGUUCCCGCAGGCGCCCAAGAGCCGAGAAGAGCGACUGCGAGACUUCUACGCAGAGCGCACUUCUGCCUUGGAGCGAAGUUCCCCGCUGCAACUCCAAAAGAAGCCAGACUCGGAAGCAAAUGAGGAAGCAGCACAGCUGCGCAAAGGUGCGAAUGAUCUCUACGAGCGCCAGGAUUACGAGGGCGCAGUGGAGCAGUACACGGCUGCUAUCAAGAAGGCGCCCUCAUCAGUUCUACACUCCAACCGCGCUGCUGCCUACAUGAUGCUGGGCUGGUGGCAGCAAGCACUGCGCGACACCAAGGCAGCCCUUCGAAAGGACUCGGAGAACCUCAAGGCGUUGGAGCGGCAGGGCCGGGUGCAGCUGGCGCUGGACCAGCUGGAGCCCGCUCUGGCCACGGCCAUGGACCUGGAGCAGCGGGGACCCAAAGAGGUCUUCAACGGUAUGGAGCGGCCGGCGCUUAGCAUUCGACGUUUGCGCUGGCUGGCAGAGGCAGCCCGAGAACCUUCCUCGCUGGAGCAGGUCCGGGAGCUGCUUGAGCACUUCAGCUCCAAAGCCGAGCUGGUUUCUCCUUUGGGCAUGCGACUGCGGAAGAAGCUGGUGGAAGUUCUGGUGGAGCGCUCCGAUACCAUCGACCACCAGCGCCGCAUUCGACCCGCCCUGGCCUACAACCAGCGGGCCGUGGAGCGCGCCGGGGGCAUACAGGAUGAUGAAAUUGAGGAGCUCACGCCUUUCGCAGAAGAGGCGCUCAGGAUUACUGGCGAGCUUCUGCAAGAUUUUCCCGAUGACGCGGAUGCCAGAUAUUGGCGAGGCCGCGCUUUGCUGCGCCUGGGUCGUCAUGCGGACGCCGAGGGCCAGUUUGAAGAAGGCCUGAGACAGGACAGCGGCAAUGAGCCCAUCAAGCAGCUACAGCAGACUGUCGACAAGCUGGAGGAGCUCAAACAGCGGGCCAAUGCCAAGUACAAGGAGGGCCUGCUGGAUGAGGCGAUUCAGCUCUACAGCGCUGGUAUCAAUUGUGAUCCUGACUGCGUGGAUACGCGGACCGUCGCAACUCUUUACUACAACAGGUCGGCCGCGUUGAGGAAAAAGGGUGAGUUCGAGCAAGCCCUCGACGACGCGAAUAUGUGCCUGGCCUUGCACCCAAAGUGGACGAAGGCUCUGUAUCGGAGGGGCAUCCUGCUGCUGGAGUGCGGGCGCUAUGCGGAGGCACUGACAGAGUUGAAGGUAGUGCAACGGGCUGAUCCGACUUUCGACGAUGACUUAGAGGAUUGGCUGCGGCGAGCCCACUGCUGGCUAGCCAAGCCCAAGCACACGCGGAACUACUACCAGCUCAUGAAGCUCCCUAUGGAUGCUUCCAAAGAUGACAUCAGGAAGCAGUACCGACGGCUUUGCCUGCUUUGGCACCCGGACAAGUCCGAUGGCUCCGAUCGACAGCGGUUCGAGGAGCUGCAAGCGGCCCACAGGUUUCUAACGGACGACCCCCAAAAGGAAGAGUAUGACUUCGGCAUUUGGAAGGAUCGACCGGUCCGGCACCACACCAAGAAGCGCGACAAAGUGAAAGACUCUUGGAAUGAAGACAAAGUUAAGGAGGAGGCUGCAGAUACCACACCUCGGCAUCACUACAAUUGGGGAGACAGGCACUUGAUCGAAGACGAGAAGGUGGAGAGCAUCUACUGGGGCGAGGCAGGCUGUCCUGCGUGGCUCAAGGAGAAGCGAAAGGAGUUCCAGAAGAAGCAGUUUGGGCAGGCCAGAUUCAACGAAGGAGGCGAUGGUGCCUCGUUGGUGGCGCUCAGUGCCAAGGAGGCAUCGAGGUUAGCUGCUACUCAGCAGAGGCUCGCGGAUGCCUCAGUACAGCGCAAGGAGGCAGAGGCAAAGCUGCAGGAGGCGACCGCGGAGCUGGCGCAGCUUCGCAGGCGGCUGCAGGACUUGAGGCAGUCCACGAGGCAAACGCAGCAGAACGGUGAGAAGCGGGGCAGGGCCCUCUCCGGUACCUUCAGCAUGCUGCGUGGGCCAGUGCAAGGUGAAGCACAGUCGGAAGGCGUCGCCAGCUCACAGGCGCAGCUGACGCUGGAGUCGAGCGGGCACAGCACCGCAAGGUCCCUGGCAGCUGGUGAAGAGGUGCAGAAGGAGGAGCAGCGCUCGGAGCAGCUCCGCAGGCAGCUGGGGCAGCAGCGGUUGGCGCUGCAGACAGGCGACGAGGAGCUGUCCGAGGACCAGCGGAAGCUCAGCAAGCUGCAACAGACAACCCGCGAGCUGCAAGCGGAGGCCCGGGCAGACGUCGUGGCGGACAAAGCCCAGGCAGAGAAAUACAAGCAAGAAGCCUUGAGCUACGCAAAGGAUGUGGAGAAGCUUGGGCAGGAAGUGCAGGAUGCAAAGCUGCAGCUGGCAGCGCUCCAAAGAGAAGCAACUGAAGACGAGGAGUCUGAGAAGCAAGGCUAUCGGCGCCUGGCGGCCGACGAGCAGCACCUGCGCAGUGAGGAGCAGCAGCUCGACAGCCAGGAGCUGCAUCAGAAGGCGAUGCAGCGACAGGUGGCGAGUCUGGAAGCCGACAUCGAGACGGGCCUUGCAAUUGACGGCGCUCAGGCGGAGAGCCACGAGCAGCGGCUCACGGCGAUGGCGCAGGCGGCCUCCAAGGCGCAGAAGGCCACGGAGCGGCUCAAGCUCCAGGCAUUCACAGGUGUGGUGCUUGCAAAGCACGUCCAUGAGGAGGGCAUCACCGAAUGCGAGAUCUUGGGGACCGAACUCACGGUCAUGGUCCACCUGAUGUUGCAGACCGGCCACCGGUAUACUCUGUACUUUUACAAAGUGGACGCAGAUGGCUCGCUGAGCCACACACCGGAAUCCGUAUUGGUGGUAUUGGCCUUGGCCUUGCAGCUGGAGGCGCAAAAGUGA